AAGCAUCUGCUGGAAUAACAAUAAGCCUUCAUCAUGUAUAAAAGCCUUUGGACUGUGUGUAACAUUCACCGACCUCACUGUAUAACAACAAUACCGCAUAUAUACUAACAGAUCACAGUUUAAAAGAACAGACAAGACUUAGAUUCAGAUAUUAACGCCGUAUGAGAAGAGAUAUAGUGAGAUAUGAGCAGACUGAGGUGGUGAGCUGUGUGAUGUCAUAUGUUAAUAUCUCUCCUUCUCAUCCAGCUCUCUCACCCCCCUCCUGCCCACUCAUCUCCCCUUCUAUCAGUCUCUCUGUUUAGGGGUCUGUCAGACCACCGCCACCAUCUGUCUGGAAUACAUGCAGUAAACCCAAGAUGUGUUAAGUUUAAUCAUUAUUGUAAUAAAGUUUUCUGAUAUCAGAGGAGAAAACAUGCAAAGCUUGGUGGUAUUUGAACAUUUUAGAGUCAAGGACGUCUGAAGAUUUAAUACACAUAGAAGAAGAAGAAAACUGACAGGAUAAAGAGGAUGACAGGUCGAGUGUUGGUGGAGAGUUUGGAUUUAUCAGCUCAUAGACUCUCUGUAAAAACAUCUGCUGAAGAUGAGUCCGAGCAUGCAGACAGCCGCGGUCAGUCCAUAUGUGAUGAUACAUCAUCAGAGUUACAGCGAAUGGCCACCCUGGAUCCCUGUCGACUAAACUCACGAAACUCUUUCCGAGGCAGAGGAGCUCUGUCCAGGUUUGUGAGUAUGGUGGUCACUCUUAGAGACUGGGCCCAUAAAAGUCUUCAGGAAGAACAGGAAAGGCCGGAUUCCUUCUUGGAGCGCUUUCGGGGACCAGAGCUUCAAAUGGCGCCCAGUCGUAUAAGCAUUAAUCGACCUGAUGCCCAUGAUGGGAACAACAGCAACAAAAUAAGGAAGAAGACGGAUGUUUUCAUACUGGCACCUGCUGAUGACUUGUACUACCGUUGGUUGUUUGUUAUUGCCGCAGCUGUGUUGUACAAUUGGUGUUUUGUGGUGGCUAGGGCCUGCUUUGAUGAGCUUCAAACCAGAAACUUUAUCCUCUGGCUGGUUUUGGAUUACCUCUCUGAUGUCAUCUAUAUAUUGGACACCUGUGUACGAUUGAGAACAGGUUUCCUUGAGCAGGGUCUUCUGGUGAAGGACCUCGCCAAGUUAAGAGACAGCUAUUUUCAUACAUUACAGUUCAAACUGGACCUGGUCUCCAUAUUACCCACAGACCUUGCCUACAUCAUCAUCGGCAUUCAUGUGCCCGAGCUGCGAUUCAAUCGACUGUUGCGCUUCUCGCGCCUCUUUGAGUUCUUUGACCGAACCGAGACCCGCACGAGCUGCCCCAACAUGUUUCGCAUUUGCAACCUGGUGCUCUACAUCUUAGUUAUCAUUCACUGGAAUGCCUGCAUUUACUUUGCCAUCUCAAAGUCUCUGGGAUUCGGAUCCGACCAAUGGGUCUAUCCGAACAUCUCCGAUCCUGAGUUCGGGACGCUCACGCGAGGAUACGUCUACUGCCUGUAUUGGUCCACCCUCACGUUGACCACCAUCGGGGAAAUGCCCGCUCCGGUGCGUGACGAGGAGUACCUUUUUGUCGUUUUUGACUUCCUUGUUGGUGUACUCAUUUUUGCCACCAUCGUCGGUAAUGUGGGCUCCAUGAUAUCGAGCAUGAAUGCCACAAGGGCUGAGUUUCAAGCUCGCAUCGAUGCCAUCAAACAUUACAUGCAGUUCCGGAAGGUCAGCAAAGAGCUAGAAGCCAGAGUCAUCAAAUGGUUCGACUACUUGUGGACCAAUAAGAAAUCGAUCGACGAGCAGGAGGUUCUUAAGAACCUGCCCAACAAACUACGGGCAGAGAUCGCUCUUAACGUACACUUAGAUACUUUAAAGAAGGUCCGGAUCUUCCAGGAUUGUGAGGCGGGUCUUCUGGUGGAACUGGUCCUCAAGCUGCGGCCACAGGUUUUUAGUCCCGGAGAUUACAUCUGCAGAAAGGGGGACAUCGGAAAAGAGAUGUACAUCAUCAAAGAAGGUCGCCUUGCCGUCGUCGCCGACGAUGGGGUGACCCAGUUCGCGCACUUAACGGCCGGCAGCUGCUUCGGAGAGAUUAGCAUCCUCAACAUCAAAGGAAGCAAAACGGGCAACCGUCGCACGGCUAACAUCCGUAGCAUCGGCUACUCUGACCUGUUUUGCUUGUCGAAGGAUGACCUCAUGGAGGCCGUAUUGGAGUAUCCCGAUGCCAAGAAGGUUCUGGAGGAGAGGGGAAGGCAGAUCCUUUUGAAAGAAGGUCUACUGGAGGAAUUGGGAGCUGGUGGAUUGGGAGAGGAAAAGAUAGAAGAGAAAGUAGAGAGGUUGGAGGCUUGUCUUGAACUGUUACAGACUCGCUUCGCCCGCUUACUAGGUGACUACACUGCAACUCAGCAGAAACUGAAGCAGCGGCUCACGGCUCUGGAGUGCAGGACACAUCAGUCCGGUAGUGGCUUUCUCUCAGAUGGCAAUGACAGCACCAUUGAUGGUGAUGGUACCCACAGUGAGGUCAACAUCCAACUCUGAGCACUUUUGUCGAAAACAAAACAUUGUACGUAUUGUACGUCUUAAUAACCAAUGAUAGCAAUAACGCUCCUCCUAGAAAUGUAUCUUUGAUUUAAUGAUAAACGCUAGACCCAACAGUGUUCUUUCAGACAGUCCAGAAUAGAUGAAUGUAACAAUAAAGUGUAAGCGAACAGUAUCACAGUCCUCUGUAAGCCCUGUCGAUCGUGCCAGUCCUAUGUCUUGUGUUGAAAUCUGGAUGUCACCACAUCUAGGUUGGCAUUGUUUUACCUGUAGUAUUCUGACCCCUUUGCUUUGGGUGUUAUGUUCUUGUUUCAUGGUCAUGCUUUGUCAGAGAAUGAUGUUUGAGUCUUCUCCAAAGUCAUGCUCUAUGUUUCUUGUGUUCUGUAUGUGGAAGCAUAUUGCAUUUUUUCUGUCUCUCAUGUCUUGACCCCGCCCCCUUUGUUCUCUGUUAUUGUUUCAGUUAUAAGUCCAUGCCCUUCACAUGUUUUCCCUCGUCACCUUCCUUAAUUUUGCUCCUAUUUAUUGUCAUUGUGUUUGCUUUUCUGUACUGGUCUUUUUGUGUGUCUACUCUUGAAUCCAGUGGCCUCGACCAUGAAUCCAGUUUAUUGGCUAUUGUAAGUCUAGCAUUAGUUAGUUCCUAACAAAACAAAAUUUAAACAGAUUUGUUUUUCUAUAAUAGAAUUUGAGGAGAGCACAAAAAUAUAUAGUUUACA